AAUGGACGAACACUACAUUUCCAAAUUUAUUUUCUUAAAAAGAUUCUACUUUUCAUUUUCCCCACCAAAACAAGUUUCUCACGCUCACAUUCCUGUAUCGUAUAUCUCGUCACCAUCAUUCAAUACAAAAUUUUCUUAUUUUAACGACAACUUUAAAUCCCCUAAAAAUCAGCAAAAAAUUGAUAGGGAAUUGAUGUUUUCCUGAAACUAUAUGCUAAGAUAAAGGAUUUGAUUUUUAGAUUGACAGCGUAAUAUCUCAAUAUUUUAGGAAACAGAAUGGAUUCUAUAAUCAAAACUGUGUAUAAGUACGUUUGCUAUCAUCUAUCAUAUUCUCUCAAUUUCCCAUCUGUAGAAGUUGUCAUCGUUAUUCUUCUUCAACGCAGUCUGCAUACAGCUUCUGUUGGUUGUGCGUGUUACAGAUUCAUGGCUCCUAAAAACAUCACACUACUUGGAAAACUUGAUUUGUUGCAUGAGAAGUUCACUUUGAAAGUUCGAGUCAUUCAAUUGACUAAACAACUAACUUAUGAUAAGAAGAAGACUUUUCGUAUUGAUAUGAUAUUAGUUGAUGAAGAGGGUACUAAAAUUUAAGCUCAAGUUCCAAGUAGGUGGGUUUUCAAAUUUGAAAAGAUGCUUACUGAAAAUGAAUCUUAUUAUAUCGAGAAUCCUCAAGUUGGUGAAAACACUGCGGAUAACAAAUUUGUGAUUAAUUCAAACAAAUUACAUUUCUGUCCAAUCACAAUGGUUACCAAAUCCAAUGAUUUUGUGGGUCCUCUGUACGGUUUUUCUUUUGAGAAUUACCAAACAAUCAUUAAAAAUAAUAUUCCAGAAAAAACACCAGUCGAUGUAAUUGGUCACGUGCUUUUAUAUUUUCCGAUGGAGACUUUUAUGUCAAAGCAUGGCAAGGAAACACGUAGACAGAAUGUGCCAAUCCAAGAUUUAGAAGGCCGAAAAGUGAGUGUUACUUUAUGGGAUGAGUAUGCUCAACAAUUUGUUGAUUAUGUGUCAAAUAAUCCAGAAGAAAGGACUGUUACAAUAAUUAUCCAGUUUGGAAAAGUGUCUGAUUAUCGAGGUCGUUUGUCUGUUUCAAAUUGGUACUCUGUUACCAAGCUUUACAUCAAUGCUAACAUAGAAGAAAUCCUACAAUUCAAGAACACUUUGGUUUCAAAAAAUUCUUUUGAAAAUCUGUCUGCUAAUCGUAGCAAAGAUUCAUCAUCCCUAUUGUAUUCUGAGACCGAUGAGUUUCUUUUGAAACAUGACUUCAAACCCAUUACCGAAAUCCAAGAAAUCACAAAGGUAAGCCGAGUAAUUGUGCUUGGUACAGUUAAGCGUGUGUGCACAGAUUUUUCAUGGUAUUAUUGGGGAUGUAAAUCGUGUCAUAGGAAGGAUGGUAAUACUGCUAUUUUCCCCGUUGAAAUCAUUGAUUUGCUUGAGAGGAAAUUUGCGUUUCUGAUUGAAGUUUCUGAAUAUAAUUUGAAAAAUAAAGUACAAGGGUAUUCAAUACGCAAGUUGACUACUGACCGUAAAAUACUUUCUGAACUUGAAAAGAAGUUUACAAUUGACCAGCAUGUUGAUUCCGACUCUUUCAACACUGCAACCUUUGAAGUCACAUCUCAAGAAACUACCAAUUUGAAGGAUGCAAUAUCAUUCACGGGAGAUAACAUCACUCCAGCCUCUAAUGUUGAGAAAAGCACAACGACGAGUCCGUUGCCCAAAUACCGUUUUUCUAAAGUUGUAUCUCCCAAUGCAAAGCUAAAGCGCAAUCUUUCUGAAGUUUACGAUGUUGAUGACCCACCAGCAAUGUCAUCGACAAAAGUGCGUUCAACUAUCAUGGAUGAUGGCUUUUCGGGACAUGGCAAGAUGGAACUUUUGAUUCCAAAAAUAGAGAAAUAA